AGGUCUCACGUGACCAAGAGCUGACGUGUGCAGAAGUCCUUCUUGUUCUGGUCCUUGUUCCCGUCUGAGUACCAGCUCCCCAUUGCCCUGAGGGCUAGCAGGCCUGCGGCAGAGGGAAAGAGGUGGAGGAGAAGGAAAUUGUCCUGGAUUCUUGCAGGUCAGUGCCUGGGAGAUUCCAUAAGGUGGGGAUGGCCGAGGGCGUAGGGCGGAGACCGUCGCGGGUCCUGAGACGCCUCCGUCGUCUCUUCCUCUCCCCGCCGGCUUUCCAAGACAUCUGUCCCGCCCGCAGACCAUUUUGAUGCUACGAAAUGGGGGUCCAAGCCUCUCCUGGAUUGCCAGUCUUUCCGUAGGUUGCGACACUACACCAGGCAAGAGAAGAGGAAGGAAAUUAACCCCAAUUGGUGAAGGUCGAUUUGAGGGUCUGCUGUAGCAGGUGGCACCACUUGAAGAGAGGGAGGAAGUUUCCUUGGAUCAGUAGAGAUCGCAAGGGUUGUUGGGCGUGGCACACCUCCAGGGAAGGGAAGAAGGGACAAACUGUCUGUCUGGAGGAGGUCCACCUCCAGUAUCAGCUAUUGUGUCCUUGAAGUGGCUGAAGACGAUCACCUUCCACAGCCUUGCACCCAGGCCCAUAGUGCUCCUCUCCCAGCCUGAGUGAAUACUCUGUUCCUUGGUCCCUGCUAUUGUCAGGGACGAUUGCAUGGGCUACGCCAGGAAAGUAGGCUGGGUGACUGCGGGACUAGUGAUUGGGGCUGGAGCCUGCUAUUGCAUUUAUAGACUGACCCGGGGAAGAAAACAGAACAAGGAGAAAAUGGCUGAGGGUGGGUCUGGGGAUGUGGAUGAUGUUGGGGACUGUCCUGGGGCCAGGUACAAUGACUGGUCUGAUGAUGAUGAUGACAACAGUGAAAACAAGGGUAUAGUGUGGUACCCACCUUGGGCCCGGAUUGGGACUGAGGCUGGAACCAGAGCAAGGGCCAGAGCAAGGGCCAGGGCUACUCGGGCUCGUCGGGCUGUUCAGAAGCGGGCUUCCCCCAAUUCAGAUGAUACUAUUUUGUCCCCUCAAGAGCUGCAGAAAGUUCUUUGCUUGGUUGAGAUGUCUGAAAAGCCUUAUAUUCUUGAAGCAGCUUUAAUUGCUCUGGGUAACAACGCUGCUUAUGCAUUUAACAGAGAUAUUAUUCGUGAUCUAGGUGGUCUCCCAAUUGUUGCAAAGAUUCUCAAUACUCGGGAUCCCAUAGUUAAGGAAAAGGCUUUAAUUGUCCUGAAUAACUUGAGUGUGAAUGCUGAAAAUCAGCGCAGGCUUAAGAUAUACAUGAAUCAAGUGUGUGAUGACACAAUCACUUCUCGCUUGAACUCAUCGGUGCAGCUGGCUGGACUAAGAUUGCUCACAAAUAUGACUGUUACUAAUGAAUAUCAGCACAUGCUUGCUAAUUCCAUUUCAGACUUUUUUCGUUUAUUUUCAGCAGGAAAUGAAGAAACCAAAUUUCAGGUUUUGAAACUCCUUUUGAAUUUGGCUGAAAAUCCAGCCAUGACUAGAGAACUGCUCAGGGCCCAAGUACCGUCUUCACUUGGUUCCCUCUUUAAUAAGAAGGAGAACAAAGAGGUUAUUCUUAAACUUCUGGUCAUAUUUGAGAACAUAAAUGACAAUUUUAAAUGGGAAGAAAAUGAAUCUGCUCAGAAUCAAUUCAGUGAAGGUUCACUUUUCUUCUUUUUAAAAGAAUUUCAAGUGUGUGCUGAUAAGAUUCUGGGGAUAGAAAGUCACCAUGAUUUUUUGGUGAAAGUAAAAGUUGGAAAAUUCAUGGCCAAACUGGCUGAGCAUAUGUUCCCAAAGAGCCAGGAAUAAAUUCUUAAUUUUGUAGUUUAGAAGUAACACACAUUGUAAACUAUUCCUUUUCUCCACCUUGUUUAUAUGGUAAAGGAAUCCUUUCAGCUGCCAAUUUUGAGUGAUGAAUAUCAUUGUAUAAUCAAUGCUGAUUUUUAUCUGAGUUGAUCUUCAGGUCUAAGCUGGAUGAAUGAAUAUCACUACCUGUUCUGAAAACAUGUUUGUUGCUUUUUAUCUCGCUGCCUAGAUUGAAAUAUUUUUACUAUUUCUUUUGCGUGACAGUGAACUAGUUUUUCAUAAGUAAGCUCCCUCCUGUCAUUUGCAUUAAUUUGAUUUGUAUAUCAUCAAUAAAGUUGUGUAUUAAUGCUGAACAAAACAAGAAGAAAGAAAGAAACCAGCUUUGUCCUUUGGUUUAUAAUAUAGUUGGAGAGGUAAGAAAAAUACAAACAAAUAGAUAACAAUAUCUGGACCAUAUACUCAUUGUCAAAUGUGCAGUCUGAGAGCACUGAGGAAGCAAAGGCUUCUGUGGGAUACAGUAGUCAGCUACAGAUUCAUGGAAGAAAAGGCUAUUUAAAAUGAGUCCUGAAUGGUGUACAUAGUUAGGGCAUUCCAAGAGCUGGAGUGAGGGGGCACUAGGGUGAGAAAGGCAUGGAGGUAGGAACCCUUUUCCUAGGACAGUGAGGAUACUAGUCUACUUAGAGUAGAGAGUGUGGGGAAUGGAAGUAAAUAAAUUUGGAAAGCUGAACGAAGCCAGUUUCUGGAGAGUUGUUUGAAUAUUAUCCCACUGAACACCAAGAGUCAAAUAUUUUUGACUAGAAAGAACAAUUGGAAUUCAUAUAGAGAUUCCUCUCUCACCAACUGUGCAGCAUCUGCGAGGGUGUGGAUAAAUGGAUCCUAUCAAACUCUUGUGGUAGGAAUAAGUUUACACUGAGUUUGCCCAAGAUUUGUGGAGGGCCAUUUGGUAAUACAUAUAAGCCUUAAAGUUUGUUACUCUUUUGUCCUAAGGAAAUAAUUGAAUAAUUGGCUAAAGGCUUUAUGGACAAGGCUUUUCAUCCCAGCACUGUCCAAAACAGUAACAAUUGGAAACAACUAAGUGUCUAGCACACCAGAAUGGUGAAAUAAAUUCAGGAAUGUUCACACAGUAUAUAAGAUAAAUAUGUUGAUCCAAAUCCAUGUUGCCAGGAAAAGAUAUUCAUCCUGCAUUGUUAAAUGAGAAAGGUAGUUUAGAUAGCAGUAUUCAUAGAAUGAUUCCUUUUCUUUUUUGAAGAUAAUAAAACAUAUUUUAAAGUAGACACUAACAAUUACGGAAUUAUAGAUACCCCAAAAGUAACUGGCUAUAUUUGAGUGGAAGGAUAAUGAGUGAUCUUUUACUUUUUUAUUUUUUAUUCAUCUUUAUAUUUUUAUUUAUAUAAAAUGAGUAUUGGUUUUUUUGGAAAUUAUUGAAAAAGAAAGUGUUGGCAAUGAAGCAGGUGAUUGGAGCAUGUACUGAGUGGAAAAAAAGAAUUUAGAUUAAAAAUGAGAUGGCGUGAAGUUUCCUCUCUGAAAUGAUAGAUGAGUGAUGAAGAUGGGGCUUGUCAUGAGGAUUAAAUUAAAUAAUACAUGCAAAAUACUUUGAAUGUUCUGGCACAGAGCAGUUAAUUAAGAAAAAUAAGCACUCUUAAUUCCCUGGAAUGCAGGGUUGAUAGUUUUUUGGGGUGGCCUUUGUUUUGUUGGGGGCAUUCUGCCAUGUGUCAGUGUCAUUUAAUAAAUAAGAACAACAAUAAAAGUUAGCAUUUAUUAAGUGACUACUGUGUAGAGUUCUGUGAUUCCUCCAAGACAACUGUUAAAAUAAUUUCUCAAAGAAUAAGAUUUCCUUAUUUCCAAGGGCUCAGUGUUUCUUCAGACAUGAUCUCACCAGCUUUCACAACAUAUUCCAAGUGAGAUCAGGGAAGGGUAAAACCCUCCAUUCAGUUACCAACUGCUCUCAGCCCCAGGCUUCUAUAUACUUACCUUAAUGUUGUCUAUAGUAGACAAAAGGGUCAGGAACUGGUUGGCUUAAAGUUGUUGCAUACGAGGACCCUAUUGAAUGAAGUAAAAGUGGAGACUCAUUUGACACCAGUUUUAAGGAUAGAUUAGGGAAAACGCAAGUAACAUUUUUUUCUUGCUCUAUUAUUGGGUAGGAGAAAAAGAUUUGGGAGGGGAAGGCUAAUACACUUAAAAUAAAUUGAGUUUGAGGAAUCUAUGUGCCAUCCAGGUGGAGACAGCCUAUUGUCAUUUGAAUGGAUUUAACUGACACUCAGAGGAAAAAUAAAGACUUGGGAGCCAUCAGAAGAUGAAUGGUAAUUGAGGACAUGGGAGUGGAUGUGGUUUCCCAGAGAGGAGGUGCAGAGUAUAAGAGUGGAGGGGUGCCAAAGGAACUGUGGCAGCUGGGGAGAGAAGCACAGAAUUGAGGCUGAGUGUAUACCCUUUCAGACACUUUCACUAUCCAUAUUUCUAUAUAUUGUAUACAUAAAAUUAGAUGAUACUGUAUAUAAAUUUUCAGAGCCUGAUUUAAAAUCUUUCUAAUUUGCUCCUAAAAAAUAUUCAUUGAAGAUACUUGAGAAAACAGAGGCAAUGAGAACACACUUGUUUUCUGACCCAGAUGUGUAGCUUGAACAUCUAAAAUAAAUUCACAUCAAGCCAUGUUGAAUUUGGGGUGCUGAGUUUUUUUUUUUUUUUUUUUUUUUUUUUUACUUAACCUCAUUUGAAAUGUGGGUAAAAAUGAGGUUAAGUAAUAAAAAGCCACCAUGUGGCAGGGGCAUAGGCCUGACUAGCAUCCAUCUGCUCUGGCAGAUUUCUCCUCCUUCCUCCCCACUCUUUUCCCUUCUCCCUCCUUCCCACUUCUAUCUUUAUUUCUUCCUUCUGGGAGAUCACUGGAUGUAUAUAUAGUCUCUUUGUGCUUCUGUGACCAUUUAAUUUCCAUGACACCAGGUCACGCAACAGUGGGCAUUUAAUACAGAAUUGUCAUUGCUGUGGUAAUGUGGCGACCUAGGGUGUGAGUGGAUGCCAAAAAUUUUCUGGAACUCUUGUUGAACAGAGACUGAGGAGGAACUAGUCUUAGCGUGGCACAGCCCUAUGUGCAUGGCAUGUACUUUUGAUGUCCCACACCUGGUAUUAUUUGGAACCAAAUUGCCCAGACUUUGGGAAGUGCUGUGUGAGACAGAUGUGUGACAGCCUGGUCCAGGCAGGCCACAUGGCCAGCCAAGCCACAUGCCAGUGUCCUGAUGCUUUCACACUGGAGGUUGCCACUCUCAAUCAUUUUGGGAAGGGUAUAGUUCUAGGAUUGUGGCCAUGAUAGUGGCAGAUCAUGGGGGCAUGGAGGAGGCAGUGUCCUGUCUUUAGAGAUGAUGGCAGCUCCUGGGAAACUGAGGAAAUUAGGAACUUGGAGGAUAUUUUGAUUUUGUUAUCAUCUAACAAUUUCAGGAAUUUAAGUGGGUCUAUCCCAGUAAAAUGUGUCCAAAGGUAAUUUUAACAAAACUGAAGUAUAGUUCUCUUGUAAAUUGUCACCUAAAGCAUAAUAUUUCAAGGCUCAGGAAAGUGGCGUUUUUAAAAUUCAUAGUUUACUUGUCUUGUCUCAAUAAACAUCCCAAGUGUAGGUUUAGCAAAUUGAUAUGGUUCAGGAAAAUUGUGUGUUUAUGCUUCCAUUUGUUUAAUUUCUCUGCUAAGUUCUCUUGAAAAUGGGUUUUCUAAGAAUGAUUAUGACUAUUUUCAAUGCUAUCUUUGUACAUUCAUUUUACAUCACAUCCCAAGUUAAAGGUUUUUUUUCUGGUUUCUCUAUUUGAGCUGUGGCUCUUCUUUGCCUUUAAACCAGAACUAUCUUGCAUGCCAUCUUGGUGUGUAGUAAACUAGGAUAGUGGCCCCUGGUCUGUCCUGCCCUGAGGGGUUGUAUUAAGCAGGAUAACAAAUAUUUAUUUUUCAGAAUGAUAUACUUCCACAUUUGACCCUGUGCAUUGGGUUCCCCUCAGGCCUUGUGUUAAGGGUUUGGACAGUUUGUGUGUUUGGUGAUAGACCUUAGUGUAGGAAGAAAGGAGGUGAGGAGAGCAGGAAGUCUUAUUACUUUAUCCUUACAGGUUCAUGCACAUAUAAUUCAGUCCACCAAUGAGAUUGGGCUUAGUGUAACUCUCUGGCCCUAUUGACCAUUUAUAUUUUAAAAAAUGAAAGAGUAAUAAUACAAGAUCUUUGGGCAUAGAGCCCCCUGUUUAUCGAGCAUUUCUUUUUUGUUUGUUUGUUUCAAGUUUUUAUUUAAAUUCUAGUUAGUUAACAUACAGUGUGGUAUUCGUUUCAGGAGUAGAAUUUAGUGAUUCAUCACUUCCAUAUAACACCCAGUGCUCAUCCCAAGAAGUGCCCUGCUCAAUACCCAUCACCCAUUUAGCUCAUCCGCUGCCCACCUCCCCUCCAUCAACCCUCAGUUUGUUCUCUAUAGUUGAAAGUCUCUUAUAGUUUUCCCUCCUUCUCUUUUUCCCCUCUUCCCCUAGAUUCAUCUGUUUUGUUUCUUAAAUUCCACAUAUGAGUGGAAUAAUAUGGUAUUUGUCUUUCUCUGAUUGACUUAUUUCUCUUAGCAUAAUACACUCUAGCUCAAUCCACGUCGUUGCAAAUGACAAGAUUUCAUUCUUUUUUAUGGCUGGGUAAUAUUCCAUUAUAUAUAUAUAUAUAUAUAUAUAUAUAUAUAUAUAUAUAUAGUGAUAAUUUAUGUUACUGUAAGAAAAAUAGUUACCAAGUAGACCAGAAUCUUAGUGUUUGGAGCUCAGAACAUUCUGUCCCUGAAAUCAGUCUACAUUAGAAACCGAAUUAUCAUCAAAUGAUUAUUUAUUUAGUUCUCAGGGAAUCAGGACAAAUUGAUGUUAGCUAAAUGUUGGUGACAUCAAAGCAGAAGAACCUGGUACAUCCAUGUCUGCUGUGGGGAUUGACUUGUUACUGAAAUCAAAUACUUAUAUUCAAUAGUUAGAGUAUAUUUCUUCCUGGACACAAAUCUAAAUUUUGUCUGUUUGGAUACCCCUUUGACAGAGGCAGAGUAUGAGUGGAUGGCAGUUUUACAACUAUAAAAGAUAUACUAUGAAUAUAAAGAUAUAUUAUCAAUUAGCUUUCAUACAGAGUUUGAGAGAUGUAUACUUUUAUAGCAGGAGGAAACUGGUAUUGGUGCAAUACAUUCUUCCCUACAGGUUGAUUAGUGUCUCUCUUUUCUGGAUUAUUUUUGUUUGAUGAGUAAUGAUAAUUUGUUAUUAAAUUUUUCUGAAACCCAAGCAAAAUUAAUUGUCAGCUCUUUAAUUAUUUUUUUCCAUUUCCAUUUCAGUCUUCUGUUCACUGAAAUGUGAUUUAACUAUGUUCAUGCUAAUUUUUGUGGCUUUCGUUCAAUAAACUGCAGUGAAAAUGCAGACAUAAUGAAAUUGAUUCAUAAAGCAAAAAUUUUAAUUUUUACUUUCUUUUAUCAUUUAAAAUGAGCUAAAAGGAUUCUCAUUUUGAUAUUAGAAAAGUGGAAUUUAGGCAAGAAUGAAUAAAACCACCAGUAUUGAAAGUAUUUUAUAAAUUGUAAAUCCAUUCAAACUGAUUUGGACAAUGAUUCAUUAUAAUCAACUACUAUUUAACAUCAUCAGUCUUCACCUCUUGUUAAACUGACCCAUGUAAUUUACAGCCCAAAAAUGGAAUUGUUAAAUUGCACCAUGUCAUCUGUGAAAAUUCAAUAAAUUCUGUUUGAUUUUCUUCCAA